AGGAAGGAAAAGUUGAUGCGAUGCUCUCAGUGCCGAGUUGCCAAAUACUGUGGUGCUAAGUGUCAGAAGAAAGCUUGGCCAGACCACAAGCGGGAAUGCAAAUGCCUUAAAAGCUGCAAACCCAGAUAUCCCCCCGAUUCCGUCCGACUUCUGGGCAGAGUUGUUGUCAAACUUAUGGAAGAAACCCCUUCUGAAUCGGAGAAACUUUACUCAUUUUAUGAUCUGGAAUCAAAUAUUAACAAACUGACUGAAGAUAAGAAAGAGGGCCUCAGGCAACUUGCAGUGACAUUUCAACUUUAUAUCAGAGAAGAAAUACAAGAUGUUUCUCAGCUGCCACCUUCCUUUGACAUCUUCGAAGCCUUUGCAAAAUUGAUCUGCAAUUCCUUCACCAUCUGCAACGCGGAGAUGCAGGAAGUCGGCGUGGGCCUGUACCCCAGUAUGUCUUUGCUCAAUCACAGCUGUGACCCCAACUGCUCGAUCGUGUUCAACGGGCCCCACCUCCUACUGCGCGCCGUCCGAGACAUCCAGGCCGGAGAGGAGCUCACCAUCUGCUACCUGGACAUGCUGAUGACCAGUGCCGAGCGCCGCGAGCAGCUGAGGAACCAGUACUGCUUCGACUGUGACUGCGCCCGGUGCCUGACGCAGGACAAGGAUGCUGAUAUGUUGACUGGUGAUGAGAAAGUGUGGAAGGAAGUUCAAGAAUCCUUGAAGAAAAUCGAAGAACUGAAGGCAGAGUGGAAGUGGGAGCAGGUGCUGGCCCUGUGCCAGGCCAUCAUCAGCAGCAACUCGGAGCGGCUGCCCGACAUCAACAUCUACCAGCUGAAGGUGCUGGACUGCGCCAUGGAUGCCUGCAUCCGCCUGGGGCUGCUGGAGGAGGCGCUGUUCUACGGCAUCCGGACCAUGGAGCCGUACAGGAUCUUCUUCCCGGGCUGCCACCCCGUCAGAGGCGUGCAGGUAAUGAAAGUCGGCAAAUUGCAGUUGCAUCAAGGCAUGUUCCCGCAGGCGAUGAGGAACCUGAGGCUGGCGUUCGAUAUCAUGAGAGUGACGCACGGCCGGGAGCACGGGCUGAUCGAAGACCUGAUUCUGCUGUUGGAAGAGUGCGACGCCAACAUCAGGGCAUCCUGAGGCCGUAGGAGGACGCCCCUGCCCCCGCCACACGCUCCGCACGGCUGCUGUGCGGUCCUCCCGCCAGCAGUGCUCUCCGUGUGUAGGUAACAGGGCCGACACGCGGUGUGCGGCCGCACGCAUCAGUAGCCGUAGAGAAGCACGAUUAUAAUAAACACAAGACACUUGGUUGAAAA